GUGUUGUUGCUGUCAGACAGGGGUAAGCGGCGAGAGUCAAUGAUGGCUGCUUCCUUGGUUUGGUUGUUAAAGAGACUGUACGUUUUCUUGUUGACAUGUCCCCUCUGUGUCCCGGGCUUCUUGAAUUUGGAGGAGCUUAAUGACAUGAAAUAUGGGAUUCAGAUUCUUCCCGAUCCUGUCAUCCUGGGGCAGACUAAGACAGAGGAGGUUAUGAUGGUGUCCAGUAAGUACAAACAGCUCUAUGAGUGUCGACUUCCAGCCCAGGCUGUGCGUUUUCAUCAGGAUCCCGCCACUGAGCCUGACUCGGAGGGUUACACUGGGCCAGAUAUCCCAGACCUGCUCAAGCCCAUGCACAAUGCCCCAUGUCUAGUCAAGACGAAAGACUGGUGGACGUACGAGUUCUGCCAUGGCCAGCAUAUCAGACAAUACCACCUUGAAGACACAGAGAUCAAAGGGGACAUUCUCUUCCUGGGUUAUUAUGAGUCAGAAUUUGAUUGGAGCAAUGAAACAGCAAAGGCCUCCAAACAGCACAGGCUAAAGCGAUACCACAGCCAGACCUAUGUAAAUGGCUCUAAGUGUGACCUAAAUGGAAAUCCCAGAGAGACUGAAGUCCGGUUUGUAUGUGAAGAAGGCUCAGGGGACUACAUUGCGCGAGUAGAUGAACCUCAGUCAUGUCGAUAUGUGCUGACGAUUCACACCAGUCGCACCUGCCAGCACCCAUUCCUGCGGCCACCAUCCACUGCCAAGCCUCAGGGCAUUGUGUGCCAGCCAGCACUAAGUGCCCAACAGUACAUGGAUUACGUCAAGGCACAAGUCUCGGACACAAAGCGUAAAGUGGAGCAGAUCUCGGAGGAAUUGAGGAGUCUUGAUGAGAUGUUAGCUGGUAAUGAAGGAGGAGAUGGUGCAGUAAAGGUAACAGCAGAGGAGACAUCGCCUAGCAGUCGCAGAAAAGGUCCUGCUGAUGUAUCUAAAGAUGGAGAGUCAGAUGAGGCAGAAGACUCUGACUUCUGGGAGGGAGUGACAAAGCCAGCAAGUUCAAGAACAUCUACUUUCCAACAGGAGAAUCAGGCUGCAGAUGGUGGCCAUACCUCACAUGCAGACAAUGAAAUCGUAGAUGAUGGUGAUGAAGUAGAAAAAUUCAACUUUAAAAUCAUCACUGACCCAGCAGACCUGAUGAAAUUUGUCCAGCACCUUAAGGAGAGUAACAGGAAGAAAGCACAAGAUCAAGCCAAAAGUAGAGAAGAGACAGCACGACACAACAGAGUAACGGAGAAACUUGACGAGGAGGAGAAAGAUGAAGAGGAUCCCAUGCUACAGGAGUUUGAGGAUGAGAUGGCUGACCUCUCUGUGCCUUCGGAUAAAAUUGAAGAGAUAAAAGAGGAAAUGCAGAAGGAGUUUGACAACAUCAUAAACGAGGCUCAACAGGAACUCGAGACAGAGGGUCUGAAAGGGGAGUUUGACCGCACUCAGGCAACACAGACACUGGAGACGACGCUGGAUAAGCUACUCGAUCAUUUGGAGGAGAAAGAUGUUCAGGACCCAGAGCAAAAAACGUCAGGAGGCCAAAGAGCCAGCGACCCAGCCAGGGGAAGCCCCAGCCUGGCUCCGAAGCACCCAGACCAAGCAGCUGACGACCAUGUUAAGAUCAAAAUAACUAAGUAUAAGACGGGUAUCAAUCCUGAUGGGGAGGUGAAAGUUCAGGAGGUGGGCGAAGGAGACCCGCAGUGGCAGCACAUAAAGGACGUGGUUAAAGAACAGCUAGAGAAGGCAGGACUGAAGGCCGAAGGAAAAAUCGAAGUGAAGAUCUUGACACGAAAGAACGCAGAGGAGGCAGGUGAUCAGUGGCUGACUGAGGAAGAUACAAAGUCCUUCAGAGAGCUACUCAUUAAUCUCCUGACUGGAGGCACUGAAGAGGUUUAUAAAGAGGAGAAAAGGCAGCAGGAGUUGGAGAACAACUAUAGAUUUGUUUGGGGAGAUUCCCAGGAGGAGUCCAAGUCAUCCAGCUCCUCUGAUUCAGAUGACGUGGAUAUAUGAGCUCAUUCAGAGUGAACCUUUGUGAUGUUGCACUCCUAUGGAGAGCAGCAGGGAGGAGGACUCUUAAGGUUUAGUCAUAAUUUUGAGAAAGCCCACUUGAUUUGGUCAUUGCUGUUAAAACCUGUGCUGUUUGCACAUUCAGAAAAUGUGUUCAUGUGGCUUGAAUAGGCAAUAAUGCAAGUGUCUUUAAUGGGGCAACGUUUAUAUGUUGCACAAUGUGUCAGCUGUACUUGUGCAGUUGAAGUUAUGCAUUUUCCCCUUUUUGACGGGAUUCAGUUUUUGUUUUCAGUUUUAAUAAAUAUUCACGAUUAGUUCCGAUGUCGUCUGCAGCACACUGUUUAUCCUCAAUUAAAUUAUUACUUGUGUUUGUCUUCUGUGUUGCCAUUGACAGAGACGUCCGUAGUGUGAGUCAACAAGGGAAUUCUGUCUACUUCAGAAGAUUGUAUGAGUGUCUGCACAGAUUGUUUUGUUCUUUUUUUCUUUCUUUCUUUCUUUCUUUUUUUUUUUUACUGAAAAGUAAAAAAAAAAUGUUGAAAACAAAAGAAAAAAACCCUCAAAUUCCAGUUUCCACUGAUCCUCGAAGCUUUCUGAUUUGAUCCAUUUGGUGAAAACAAACAAGUAAACAGAUUCAGUGUCUGCACACACUUUUUUUUUUUUUUUGACAGUAACUGGAUUUAAUAUAUCUUAACUUGGCAAAGGAAAUCAAAUAAAUCUACAAUGUCAGUCAGAUUCAGUGCACCAUGUUAAUGCAAACAUGCACUUAAAGGGCUGAAUUUGUACAUUUUGUGAAUGCUUGUGGGUACUUGCAAGUCACCAUGUACAUAAUUAUUGUGUCAUUAUGUUUUUGAUUUAUUGUAAAAUAGCGCAGAUUAAGUGGCGACGGAGUUACCUGAGUAAAUGAGUUUUAAAAAUCCUGACUCUGCAUUCUGUUAUGAAAAAUAAUCUCAUAUGAGAUGUAAGUCACAUACACACUCUUUUUUUUUCAGACACAAUAGGGUUUUCGUAUUAAAAAGUCUGCAUCUGUUAUCUCUGAUAUCUUGUAAAUACAAUUCUGCUGCCUCUU